CAAUCGCCCCCUCUCUGCCCCGUUUGCCCCAUUGAUCCCGGCUUCUUCGCCCGCGUGCCCACAGCCCUCUGGCACCAUGGAAGCCAUCAAGAAAAAGAUGCAGAUGCUAAAACUGGACAAGGAAAAUGCCUUGGACCGGGCGGAACAAGCCGAGACAGAACAGAAACACACAGAGGAGAGGAGCAAACAGCUGGAGGAUGAACUGGUGGCCAUGCAGAAGAAGCUGAAGGGGACGGAAGACGAGCUGGACAAAUACUCCGAGGCGCUAAAAGAUGCUCAGGAGAAGCUGGAAGUGGCCGAGAAGAAGGCGGCCGACGCUGAAGCCGAGGUUGCGUCCUUGAACCGGCGCAUCCAGCUGGUGGAGGAGGAGCUGGACCGGGCUCAGGAGCGCCUGGCCACGGCCUUGCAGAAGCUGGAGGAAGCCGAGAAGGCCGCCGAUGAGAGCGAGAGGGGCAUGAAAGUCAUUGAAAACAGAGCCCUGAAGGAUGAGGAGAAGAUGGAGCUGCAGGAGAUCCAGCUGAAGGAGGCCAAGCACAUUGCCGAGGAGGCCGACCGGAAGUACGAGGAGGUUGCUCGUAAGCUGGUGAUCAUUGAAGGAGAUCUGGAACGGACCGAGGAGAGAGCCGAGCUGGCCGAAUCCCGUUUACGAGAAACGAAUGAGCAGAACCGUCUGAUGGACCAAAACUUGAAAUUCCUUUCUCAGGCUGAAGAAAAGUACUCUCAAAAAGAGGACAAAUAUGAAGAGGAGAUCAAGAUUUUGACUGACAAACUCAAAGAGGCAGAGACCCGGGCCGAGUUUGCCGAGAGAUCGGUAGCCAAAUUGGAGAAGACCAUCGAUGACUUGGAAGAUGAACUCUAUUCUCAGAAAUUGAAAUACAAAGCCAUAAGCGAGGAACUGGACCAUGCCCUCAAUGAUAUGACUUCCAUAUAAAACUGGUGAUUCCAAAGCUCCACUUAGCAGCUCGGCCUGCAGCUUUCGAAGUCUGCCUUUUAUUAAAACAAAAAACCUUCAUCCGGCUCCCUGUCUUCCUUCCUUCUUUCCUUCCUUUUUUCCUUCCUUCCUUCCCUCCCUCCCACCCUCCCUCCUUCCUUCCCAUCUACCUAUUUAUCUUACGUAACCAUCUUCCUUCCUUCCUUCCCUCCCUUCCCAUCUACCUAUUUAUCUAUCUAGUCUCCUCCCUUCCUUCCUUUUUUCCUUCCUUCCCUCCCUCCCUUCCUGCCCAUCUAUUUAUCUUAUCUAAAUGUCUUCCUCCUUCCUUCCCAUCCACCUAUUUAUCUAACUAGUCUUCUUCCUUCCUUCCUUCCUUCCUUCUUUCGUUCCUUCCCUCCUUCUUUCCUUCCCUCCCUCCCUCCUUCCCAUCUACCUAUUUAUCUUAUGUAACCAUCUUCCUUCCUUCUUUCCUUCCUUCCCUCAUUCCCAUCCACCUAUUUAUCUAACUAGUCUUCUUCCUUCCUUCCUUCUUUCCUUCCUUCCUUCCUUCCUUUUUUUGUUCCUUCCCUCCUUCUUUCCUUCCUUCCCUCCCUCCCUCCUUCCCAUCUACCUAUUUAUCUUAUGUAACCAUCUUCCUUCCUUCCUUCUUUCCUUCCUUCCUUCCUCCCUCCCUGCCUCCCCAUCCACCUAUUUAUCUUAUCUAACCUCCUUCCUUCCUUCCUUCCUUCCUUCCUUCCUUCCUUCCUUCCUUCCUUCCUUCCUUCCUUCCUUCCCAUCCACCUAUUUAUCUAACUAGUCUUCCUUUUUUCGUUCCUUCCCUCCCUCCCUCCCCAUCUACCUAUUUAUCUUAUCUAACCAUCUUCCUUCCUUCCUUCCUUCCUUCCUCCUUCCUUCCUUCCUUCCUUCCUUCCUUCCUCCCUCCCUCCCUCCCUCCCUUCCUAGUCCGGCCUCUUCCCCACCACCACCACCACGCUCUCCAAAUCACACAUGCACCCCAUUCCGGAGGGUGAAAAGGCUCAUCCUUUGCACGAGUGUCCUCCGUCCGGCGGGGUGGACGGAUGUCCGGUCUUGCACGCCUCUCCGAAACACAAGCACCUUUGUGAUCUGUGGCCUUAGUGGACUUUUUCUUGGGUGGCUUUACUCGGAGGUGGGGGGGCUGUUUCUUCUCUGCAGGGACCCCCCCCCCUUCCCUCUGCUCACUCGCUUGCUGCAGGAAGAGACGAGCGACGCCGGAUUGGGGCCCGGCUCAGAACCGUUGCGGCUGUGUAGCGCCUGGGACACAACAUUGUUGUAUCGCUGUCACUGGAAAAUAAGCAAAAUGCACUAA